UUUGAGAAGAGCGAGAAGAGGACAAGGCAAAUGGGUUCCUUGAGUAGUUUCUCUCUUCUUCAACCCAAAACACCCAUCACCCAAAUUACUACCCACAAUCUCUGCUUCAAUUCACUCAAACCCCAAUUCCUCAAUCCCCAACAUAUAAAGGACCCACCUUUUCCCCUACUCAAAUUCAUGUCUUCUCACUCAAACCCCCUUAAACUCUCCCCAAAACUCUCCAAUGUCUGCUCUGCUCUAAAACCCCACAAACUUUUACCAACAAUUUUGGUGGAGAAAAUAGUGGGUUUGGUUGUUGGUACAGUUUUGUUUGUUGGGUGUUUCAAUGUCAGAGCAGCUGUGGCACUGCCAGCUCAAACAAGCAGUUCCAGUGAGACUUUGGAGGAGAAGAGAGAGACCCAGAAAGGGAAGAGUGAGGAGGAAGAAAUGUAUGAGAGGAUUCUGGAGGAGGACCCAAGAAAUGUGGAGGCUUUGAAGGUGGUUGUGUAUGGGAAAAUGAGGAGAGGGGAGACAAAGGAGGCUGUAAAGUAUGUCGAGAAGUUGAUUAGUGUUGAACCGGAUGAAGUGGAGUGGAGGCUGUUGCUGGCUCUUUGUCAAGAGAUUAUGGGGGAAUUGGGUACUGCUAAGAAGUUGUUUCAGGAGAUUUUGGAGGAGAGGCCACUUUUGCUUAGAGCUCUGCAUGGUCUAGCUUUGGUUAUGCACAAAAAGCGUGAAGGUCCAGCUGUUUUUGUGAUGCUUGACAAGGCUUUAAAGAUUGCGCAGCGGGAAAAAAGAGUGAUAGAGGAGAGAAAUAUUAGAAUUCUGAUCGCACAGAUGCACGUUGUAAAGGGACAAUUGGAAGAAGGCUUGAAUUUAUUUCAAGAUCUUGUGAAUGAGGAUCCCCGAGAUUUUCGACCUUAUCUUUGCCAGGGAAUUAUUUACAGUCUACUGGAUCAAAAGAAGGAAGCCGGAGAACAGUUUGAAAUAUAUAGGGCUCUUGUGCCCGAAGAAGUUUCUCAAAGGGGAUUUCUUGAUGAUGUUGUGUUGGCAGCCAAAAUGAAACCUGGGGAACAGCUUCAGAAGGAGUUUGAUGCUGAGUUUUCAAUCCAGAAGUAAAGAUAGGCUUUUUCGCUCUGAAUAAAAUUACAGGUUACAAGUUAGACUGAUGGGUUUGGGAACAUAUAGUUGUAGAGGAAAUGCCGCUGAAGACAGGCGGUAAAUAUGCAAUUUCAAGGGCAAAGUCAACCAAUUGGCAUCUGUCAUGGAAAUAAUAUACAAACUCUAUGGGUUUCAAAAACAGAGCUGGAUUCAGUUUCUAUCGAUUGGAUUCAAGAUGGGCGUUCUUGCGUACGUCAUGCUUCUCCCUUGUUUUUUACUGGACUAGCUCCUCUUGUGAAAUAUAAGUGAGGUUUACAAUUUACUUUUAUCAGUAUCUGCUGUCGUUUGAAACUUAUUGUGUUAUGCACUUAAAACUAGGGUCUUCCAGAUCAUCUGACAGUGCAGAAGUGGUAAGAUUUCUCCUGUUAAAUUAUCUUAUCUGAAUUCCAUGUUUCCUUGAAAAGUAACAUUAGUAUGCAAGUUCCCAAUUAUAGUUCUGUAGCGUAUUUUUAUAGUGAACAAAUAAUACCAGCUAGGAGGUCUUGUUUAGUGAAA